AAAUUUUGACAUUCGUCAGACAGGUUUGAUUGAUUUGAUGAUGAUCAGUGAAAUUAUUGUCGAAAAUUCUAUGGAUAAAAAGUAAAUUAUUGUUAUCGAAUCUGUUACAAAAAUACUUAGGAUGGCAGAAAUAGAAACUCUUAUAGAAAUGGGAUUCUCCAAGGAACGAGCUGAGAAAGCUCUGGCAGUAACUAACUACAAAGGGGUUGAGCCAGCUAUGGAGUGGCUUCUGGCUCACGCGGACGACCCCGCAAUGGAAGCUACUGGACACACGCUCGCAUCCGGCGCCCCCGCUUCUUCCUCCACUACUUCCGAAAACGCUACAUCUAACACCGAUGUCCAGGCCGAAGCUAAAUCCUUCAAAUGCGAUGAAUGUGGAAAAUUGUUCAAGAACCAGGACGAAAUGGAGUUUCACGCGGCAAAAACCAAUCACAGCAGCUUCUCAGAAUCUACUGAAGAGAAAAAACCAUUGACUGAAGAAGAAAAGAAAGCGCAACUGGCGCUGCUUGAAGAGCGAAUGAAACAAAAGAGGAAAGAGAGAGAAGACCGAGAAAAGGCUGAAGCACUAGAGAAGGAGCGCCUCCGCAUCAAGUCCGGUAAAGACAUACAAGACGCCCGCCAGAGGCUCCAGGAGCAGGAGAUGCUGAAGAUGGUGGAACAACGCAAACGGGAGAAGAUUGAGGACCAGAAAGCCCGGGAAAGAGUGCGUGCACAAAUUGAGGCGGACAAAGCAGCUAGAAAACUGGCAGCGUCGGGCCAGCAGCCGGCGGCGCCCCCCUCCCCCUCCCCCUGCCCCGCCCCCGCCCCCGCCCCCGCCACGGCCCCCGCCCACUCGUACUCGCAGGCGCGGAUACAGCUGCGGCUGCCGGACGGGAAGGCGCUGGCGCAUACUUUCGGGGCUAAGGAGCAACUGGCCGCUGUCAAACUAUACCUUCAAAUGCACGCUCAAGAGUUCGCAGCGGAGGAUAGCUUCAAGCUGAUGACGACAUUCCCCAAGAAAAUAUUCACCAGUGAAGAUUACGAAAUGCCUUUGGAGUUAUUGGGUCUCGUACCUUCAGCAGUCAUUAUUGUCUCUAGGGGCCAUUAAAAGUUAAUUAAUAUACAGUGAUGUGUUUAUCUAUUUGCAUACUGACGUGAAAAUGUAGGUCUUGCAACCGAUAUAACACUAUAAAUAAAUAAUAAUAAUAUGAUAUCAAUAUAAUACAUUUUUUUUACUCUUUAUCUCAAUAUUUGGCAAUGUAGAUAUAUUGUUAAUUUAUUAAUGUAAUUUACGUACUGGACUCAAAAUUGCAAUUACGGAUAUAGCCGACUUAAACCGGUUUCACGCAACUAAUAUAAUGUUCAUUGCAAAGUGCACUUUAGGGCGUGGACUGUAAACAUACUUUACAUUGACAAUACGGGAACUGUAAGCAAGAUUACAGCACUGACUGCUGAUUUGUCAAUGUAAAACAUGACUACAGAGGUCGCAAUAAAGUUUAAAUUUCUAUGAACAUGUGGGAGAGUGGUGUCAUAACUAUGAAUUCACUAUUUAGCUCUAUGGGGUAUGUUUUUUCAUAAGCGAAGGCGUGCAAGUGUAUUAUUGGGGUUACAAAAUUGUCAAACAAUUGCUCGAGAAAUAAAGCAUGUGAAUGUGUA